GUCCACUGGAUCAAGACCACAAUAAUUGAGUGCAUGGCGUCAGAUUUGUUUGUCAAUGCAAAAGUAGUAUCUGAGAAUUGAAACAGAGAAGGCAAGUGAAAAGUAUCGGUAUAAAGCCCCCUGAUAUAAAGUGCCUGGUCUUUCUGUCCUCUCUCUCUCUCUCUCUAUAAUUUUUUCUCUUCAUGUUGAUUUUGUUACAAUGUGAAGCACAGGGAAGCUUUUGGAUAAAAGCUUUCUUUAUCUUCACCAUCCCAUUAAUCAUUAAAUAAAAAGAAAAGAAAAUUUUUUACCCAAAACGCAAGUUGUCCUCUUCCUAAGAAUAAAAGCCAUAAAACUCUCUUCCUAUUAUCAUCCAUUUCAUCUCUCUACACCACAGAUUCCGAUUCGAAUCCAAUCUGACAUUUACUUGUCAGCUCCAACGUUUCCCGGAUUGUGGGAAUUCUGGGUUUUUGCUAGUUGUCCAAGAAUAAAAACUUGUUCCUUUUUUGGUGAAGAAAGAUGUCGAUUUUACCCAAAAGUGAAUCAAUCCAUAUAAGGGAAGUUUGGGACGAGAAUCUGGCAUGUGAAUUCGAGUUAAUUCGAAAUAUUGUGGACGAUUUCCCUUACAUUGCUAUGGACACUGAGUUCCCGGGUAUUGUUCUUCGCCCAAUAGGCAAUUUCAAGAGCAGUUCUGAUUACAAUUACCAAACUUUGAAAGCAAAUGUUGAUCUUUUGAAAUUGAUUCAGUUGGGUCUUACUUUCUCUGAUGCCAAUGGGAAUUUACCUACUUGUGGAACUGAAAAAUACUGUGUUUGGCAAUUCAAUUUCCGUGAAUUCGAUCCCAAUGAGGAUGUUUAUGCCAAUGACUCCAUUGAGCUUUUGUCUCAAAGUGGCAUUGAUUUUCAGAAGAACAAGGAAAAGGGUGUUACUGCUCAUCACUUCAGUGAACUGUUAAUGUCAUCUGGAAUUGUUUUGAAUGAUAGUGUGCAUUGGGUGACCUUUCAUAGUGGUUAUGAUUUCGGGUAUUUGCUUAAGUUGCUUACUUGCAAGAAUCUUCCCGAUACCCAAACAGGCUUCUUUAGUUUGAUCAAGAUAUAUUUCCCAACUCUUUAUGAUAUCAAGCAUCUGAUGAAGUAUUGCAAUAGCCUUCAUGGUGGGUUGAACAAGCUUGCAGAGCUGUUAGCUGUGGAGAGGAUUGGUAUUUGUCACCAAGCCGGUUCGGAUAGUUUGCUUACUUGUUGUACAUUCAUGAAACUGAAAGAAAAUUUCUUUAAAGGUUCGACUGAGAAAUAUGCUGGUGUGUUGUAUGGUCUUGGUGUUGAGAAUGGACAGAAUACUGCUUAAAUAUCAAAGAACUAUGAAAUAAUAUCUCCUUCUAUCUGCUCUCUUAUCAUCAGCCUAUCUUACACAUCUGUCAUUUCUUUUAUUAUUAUUAUUAUUAUUAUUAUUGUUAUUAUUAUUAUUCUUAUUAUUAUUAUUAUGAUGUUCGGGAUUAUAACAUUUCAUUGCUGGUCAUCAAAGAGGGUGGGAGGGAAUAGUCAAAGAAAUGUUUUAGAAUGACCAAGGGACAUGGCUCUCAUGUUCCUGAGAUUUUCUGUCUGUUUGUAAGCUUUGCUUUCCAAAAUCCUGGCCUGGUCUUCUUCUGAGCAAUUACGUUCAAAUAAAUAGGUAGAAGGAUAAUUUCAUGGUGGUUUUGAGCUUUUCCCGUGUGUUUGUUUACUACUACGAUAACGUUAUCCAAAUGUCUUUCAUUGCAAUUAAUUCAUGGUCUCACAGUUCAGUGUUUCCAAGGUGCAACUGCGAGGUAACUUGGUGACAUUUGAUAC